UCUUCCAGAUCUCUUCAGUGUCACUAACUAAUUUUGGCGGACAACUUCCUGUUUUCCCGAAAAACGGCGUGGGUUUGGAAAGUCUUUCAUCGUUUCGAAUAUCUCAUCAACAUUUAGCGGUUUUAGGAGUCGACGGACGUUUUGCUCAAGUCUGCUGGUGUUCAAGUUUGUUCAGACCUUGUGAUCGAGCUAGGAGGAUGGCAUCAACAAGCGAGGUGCAGAGUUUGGAUGACGUCAGGAGAAAUGCAAGAGAGGAUGAUUCUGUGCGACCUGGCACUUACAAGUGUGAGGAGGGCGGCAGAGACAAGAAGUGCUACAAGUGUGAGGAAUGCAGCAAGCAGUUUAGUCAGCUGAGUAAUCUAAAAAGGCACAUGCGGACUCACACAGGUGACAAACCGUACAAGUGUGAGGAGUGCAGCAGGCAGUUCAGUCAGCUGGGUCAUCUAAUGGGACAUAUGCGGACUCACACGGGGGAGAAACCCUACAAGUGUGAGAAGUGCAGCAAGAAGUUCAGUCGGCUGGGUCAUCUUAAGACUCACAUCAAAACUCACACAGGGGAGAAACCCUACAGUUGUGAGGAGUGUAGCAAACAGUUCAGUCAACUUUGUCAUCUUAGGGGACACAUGCGGACUCACACAGGGGAGAAACCCUACAGGUGUGAGGAGUGCAGCAGGCAGUUCAGUCAGCUUUUUGAUCUGAAGAGACACAUGCGGACUCACACAGGGGAGAAACCUUACAGGUGUGAGGAGUGCAGCAGGCAGUUCAGUCGGCUGGGAAGUCUGCAGAAACAUAUGCGGACUCACACAGGGGAGAAACCCUACAGGUGUGAGGAGUGCAGUAGGCAGUUCAGUCAGCUGUGUGAUCUAAAAACUCAUAUGCGGACUCACACAGGGGAAAAACCCUACAGGUGUGAGGAGUGCAGCAGGCAGUUCAGUCAGCUGGGUGAUCUAAAGAGACACAUGAGGACUCACGUAGGGGAGAAACCCUACAAGUGUGAGGAGUGCAGAAGGCAGUUCAGUGAGCUUGGUGCUCUAAAAUCCCACAUGCGGAGUCACACAGGGGAGAAGCCUUAUAAGUGUGAGGAGUGCAGCAAGCAGUUCAGUGUGCUAGGUAAUCUAAAAAGACACAUGAAAACUCACACAGGGGAGAAGCCUUAUAUGUGUGAGGAGUGCAGCAGGCAGUUCAGUCAGCUGAGUAAUCUAAAGACUCAUAUCAAAAGUCACACUGGGGAGAAACCUUAUAAGUGUGAGGAGUGCAGCAGGCAGUUCAGUCAGUUCAGAAGUCUUAAAAGGCACAUGCAGACUCAUAAACCUUGUGGUAGAGCUAGGAGGAUGGCUUCAGCAAGCAAAGCGCAGAGUUUGAAUGACGUCAGGAGAAAUGCAAACAUGGAUGAUUCUGUGCAACCUGGGAGCAGAGUGGAGAAACCCUACAAGUGUGAGGAGUGCAGCAAGCAGUUCAGUAAGCUGGGUAAUCUUAAGUCUCACAUGCGGACUCACACAGGAGAGAAACCCUACAAGUGUGAGGAGUGUAGCAAACAGUUCAGUGAGAUGGGUAGUCUGAAGAGUCACUUGCGAAGUCACACAGGGGAGAAACCGUACAGGUGUGAGGAGUGCAGCAGGCAGUUUAGUCAACUGGGUCAUCUGAAGACUCACAUUAAAACUCACACAGGGGAGAAACCUUACAGGUGUGAGGAGUGCAGCAGGCAGUUCAGUGAGCUAGGAAGUCUGAAGAAACACAUGCGGACUCACACAGGGGAGAAACCCUACAUGUGUGAGGAGUGUAGGAAGCAGUUCAGUCAUCUGGUUAAUCUGAAGAACCACAUGCGGACUCACACUGGGGAGAAACCCUACAGAUGUGAGGAGUGCAGCAGGCAGUUCAGUCAGCUGAGUGAUCUGAAGAGACACAUGCGAACCCAUACAGGGGAGAAACCUUUCAGGUGUGAGAAGUGCAGCAGGCAGUUCAGUACACUGGGUAAUCUGAAGGCUCACAUCCGGACUCACACUGGAGAGAAACCAUACAAGUGUGAGGAGUGCAGCAAGCAGUUUAGUGAGCCGGGUCAUCUAAAAAGACACAUGAAAACUCACACAGGGGAGAAGCCUUAUAAGUGUGAGGAGUGCAGCAGGCAGUUCAGUCAACUCAGAAGUCUUAGAAGGCACAUGCAAACUCACCAAUAAGGAAGGCCAGGACCAAUAGUAUUAUAUAUAGAUGUUGGAAAAUUCACAUGGAAAAUUCUGGAGAACAAACAUGGUUAAUUUGUCAAGAAAAGUAAUAUUUUUUGUCACAUUUUGUUCAGUUGUUAAGUAGUAUAGCAAGUUUUGUCAUUGUAACUCUAUGUACAGCCUUCUACUGUAACACCUCUUCUAAUGAAAGGUAUUACUUUUAUUUACUUGUCAAUAUUUUAUACUUGUCAAAGUUCCUAAUUUUAGAUUAGUAAGUAAGGUGUAAUAGAGUAGGUUUUGUUCUUUAUUAACUUUUUUUUUAUAUUGCGCAUGCCCUUUUGUAACAUGCCAAGUUGUCCAUUUAGUGUGGAAUAACAGUUAAAGUCGCAGAAAUUAUGUUCUAUAUUUUAGACUUGUAGCUUAGCUAUAUAUAUAAUCUACGUGAGGUACCAAUAGAACUGGUGAAAGCAGUUAUUGCGUGAAGAAGACUUGUUUUUGUCACUUCUAACAACUUUCUUUAAUAAUAAUGCUACGUUCUUUAGUGUUAGCAUUGUCUAGUAUUUGUUAUACUUGCUUUCAACUUCAACUAGGCCAGAACUAGUCUUGAAAGUAAAGUCACACUUUAGAAGUGUUAUUUUGGGUUUUAUUGUUCUAAUACAUAUUUUGCAUUAUAGUCAUUUGUUCAAUAAAGUUGUUUGUU